AUGAGAUAUGGUUUUACCUACAUGCUUAAAGAAACUAUUAGCUACCCACAGUGUGUUAUUUGUUAUAAAGUACUAGAAAAUGACUCAAUGAAACCCUCAAAGCUUGCUAUUUACUUGAAUAAGUAUCGUCCUGAUCUUCGAAAUAAAGAUAUUGAUUUUUUCAAAAGAAAAUUUGAAUCACUAAAAAGAUCUUCUGAAGCUAAUAAUUCGAUAUCAAUAGUAUUGGAAGAAACUCCUGUAUAUGUAAUGGAAGACCCUACUAAUUCAUCUUUUUCUUCUACUACCAUUUCUCCUAACAAUGAAAAGAAAAUAUAA